AAUCGUGAUUUCGAUAAUUACCUUGCGGCUUGCAUAAACGUAUUUUUUUUUUAAAAAUAAUUACUUAUAUUUUUUCUGAGUGAACUGUGAAGUAGGUAGUGUACUAAAUAAUAAAUAUAAAUUAUAAAUCGUAUUCUGUAUGGUUGUUUCGGACAUUAUAUCAAUUAUUUUAAGAAUAGAAAAAACAACAUAUUCAAGAUGAGUAUUUUUAAUCUUGAAAAAAUGGUGGGAACCAUUGAUAAACUUAGUACUUCUCUAGAUGUAAUGUUAUGUUGCAAAGAUAGUGAAGGUGGACAAGAAAUAUUAGAAACGUGUGAACAAUUAGAUAGUUUAAUUAUGUCAUUUGACGAUCAGAUUAGUAUUCUCAAAGAUGCUCUAAUCAAAGAGAAAAACGCCCGUCAAUCGUCAUUUCAAAGACAGUUGGAUGAAUUGAAAACAAUUGAGGAAAGAUGUAACCACAUGAUAGUUUAUAUCCAAUUAAAUACUGAACUUGAAACUCAGCAGUAUAAUCAAAAUCAUGAAAUAAAAGAAUUUAAAGGAAAUAAUUCAAAUAAUAUGGCUAAUAUUUCAAUGUCACCUGUUCCAAAGUGGAAAGAUGGUCAUUCUCUAUCUGAGAACACUAUACACCAUACUACUAUGUCAAAUGGUACAAUAAUGAGUAACAGUAUGCUGGGACAGUCUUUAAAAUCUCAGGCUGCUAAACAAGUUCUUGAUAUUCCACUUCUAAAAUCUGUUAACAACGAUGAAAUGGAUUCUGUUCCAAAGUAAGAACAUUAUUAUAGUCAUUAUUCAGAAGAU